AGUGCGUCAGAGGUUAAAAUAUUUUCAGAGUCACGUGGUACCCACUUAACAGCAGCCUCUUGUGUUAUUAAAGAAGAUGGAGGUUUUCUUAAAGUUGUUUUUUGUGUGUUUAUUGUUUGUAUCCUGUGCCUUGGGGGUAGAGAUUAUCGACGUGGUGGAACAGUCAGUCUUUGGACAGGGCAAUGAAUGCUACGGCACCCAUGUUGGUUUCGGUUACUCUGGAAGUGCUGAGUUCCACUAUGAAUCACUAAUAAGGCGGUACAGGGGAUGUAAACAUGUAGAGGGAAAUCUAGAAAUCACGAACCUCCAGUCCUCGGCCAAAAUCUCGUACGACCUCUCGUUCCUAUCCCAGAUCGAGGUUGUGACGGGCUAUGUUCUGCUUGGUCUUUUGGACAUGGAGUCCAUACCACUGACAAAUUUAAAACUGAUUCGCGGCGAUAACAUGUUCAAUAUCAUGGGAGAAGAUUAUGGCCUCGUUGUGGCAUUCACGGAUUCCGCGGGAAAAGAUAAUCAGAAAGGACUGAGAGAGCUACAACUUCCAGCACUUAGGGAAAUCUCUAGAGGCCGCGUGUUGUUUCUGCAGAACCCGCUACUGAACUUUGUGAACACCAUUGCUUGGAAUGUCAUUGUCCCAGGGCUGAAAAACCCAGUCACAUACGGAGAAAGCGCCUACAAUAUGACUAGUCUUGAAGUAUGUGAUCCGGCAUGUGCAAAAGGAGACGAGGCAUAUUGCUGGGGAAAGGGGCCUAAUAUGUGUCAAAUUGUGCACUUUCCAGUCUGUGACGAAUUGUGCCCAGGUCGUUGCUAUGACAGCACAAUAGUGGGAUGUUGCCAUCCAGAAUGUGCCGUGGGUUGCACGGGACCAAGCAACACUCAGUGCUUAAUGUGUAAAUACUUUAAGUCUGGCGACUCCUGUGUGUCCAGUUGUCCUGGGGAAGUCUCCACACGCAAUGGACAGGAUUGUAUUAUGAGGGACACUGACGCAACGUCAUGGAAUGAAGACCUCAACAUCUAACACUACUCACACUAUGUCAUCAUCCUGUGUGUGACUUUUUAAAUUCUCUGUGAAGGACUCAUUACAUGGUUCUAUAAUUUAUGAUAAUUUCCCCAUGUGCCAAAUGUCAUCAGUCCCUCUUGUUUGUACAUUCCCCAUUCAUAUUGUCCGGUAAUAUGUGUGCACUGAUCAAAAAAGGUAAUUGACAUAUUCAUAAUUUUCUUUUCCCAAGGUAAACUGGAUUAAUACUCACAUAGAAAUAAAGAGUGGAAUAAAUUUCGAAAUGUGUCAGGGGGAUUUACACAAAAUAGUUGGUUGUCCACUGACUGUGUCACGUGUUACAUGGUCAUUACAAGACUGUUCAUAUAUGAUUGAUGAUCCAUAUUUAGACACUGCAUAUAACAUUAUUUCGUAUUUUGUAAAGAGCUAAUGUGAAUAACCUGAGUUGGAAAAAACUACAGUAUGUUUCAUAUAAGUACAGUAUAGAAUAAAGUUUUAAGAAAAAUGUCCAUCUCAAGAGUAUGAGAUUCAAAACUAAUCUUCGAAUGUUGAUUCAAUAAAGACACUUAGAGACUUUC